AUGGCUUACAUGAAGCUUGGCUCUAAAUCUGAAGCAUUUCACCGCGACGGACAAACUUGGCAAUGCACAUCUGGCCUUCAAAGUGAUGUUGCAAUCGAGAUUGGAGAAAUGUCCUUCCAUCUUCACAAGUUUCCACUGCUGUCGAGGAGCGGGCUACUGGAAAAACUGAUCGGAGAACUAACCACCACCGACGGAUCCCAAUGCACCCUCCAGCUCAGCCAGUUACCCGGCGGCGCCAAGGCGUUCGAGCUCGUCGCGAAAUUCUGCUACGGCGUGAGAAUCGAGCUGACAUCAAUGAACGUGGUGAGCCUCCGGUGCGCCGCCGAGUACCUCCAGAUGACGGAGGAGUACGGCGAGGGCAAUCUCGUCACACAGACGGAAUCUUUCCUGAACGAGGUUUUCGGGAACUGGACCGACACAAUCAAAGCCCUAGAAACCUGCGAGGAAGUCCUCCCCCACGCCGAGGAGCUCCACAUCGUCUCCCGCUGCAUCAACUCCCUCGCAAUCAAGGCCUCCGCCGACCCGACCCUCUUCAAUUGGCCCGUUUCCGAUUCGGGCCGGGGCCCGAACACCACCAACCCGGCUUUCUGGAACGGGAUCUGCACCAGUACCUCUAGUAACUCAAAAUCGAAGCCGGCCCACCACGCCGGCGACGAUUGGUGGUACGAGGAUGUCUCUUUCCUCAGCCUGCCGCUGUACAAGCGCCUGAUACGCGCCGUCGAGGCCGGCGGAAUGAGGGCGGAGAACGUCGCCGGCGCGUUGGUCUUCUACGCCAAGAAGUACAUACCCCAGAUGAACCGGCAGUCGAGUUUCAAGAACCUAAGCUCCGGUUCGACGAUUUCGAUCCCUUCCGAAGCCGAUCAAGGCGGGCUUCUAGAAGAAAUCGUCGAGUUACUACCGAUACAAAAGGGGGUGAUACACACUAGGUUUCUCCUCCGGCUGCUCCGUACGGCGAUGGUUCUGCAGACGAGCCCUUCGUGCAGGGAGAAUCUCGAGCGGCGGGUCGGGAUGCAGCUGGACCAGGCGGCGCUGGAGGAUCUGUUGGUGCCGAAUAUGGGAUAUUCCGUCGAGACGUUGUAUGAUAUCGACUGUUUCCAGAGGAUUCUAGAACAUUUCAUGGCGAUGGAUCAGGCCUCCACUGCGGCCUCGCCGUGCGUGAUUGUCGAGGAGAGUCAACUCGUUGAAGGGACGCAUUCGCUUACGUCGUUGACCAUGGUGGCUAAUCUUGUCGACGUGUACCUUGCUGAGGUGGCGCCGGAUGUUAAUCUCAAGUUCCCAAAGUUUCAGUCUCUUGCUGCCACGGUUCCCGAUUACGCUCGGCCUCUCUCCGAUGGGAUUUAUCGCGCAAUCGAUAUUUAUCUCAAGGCGCAUCCGUGGCUGACAGACUCAGAGAGGGAGCAAAUAUGCAGACUGAUGAAUUUCCAGAAGCUCUCAUUAGAGGCAAGCACUCACGCCGCACAAAACGAGAGGCUCCCACUCCGAGUAGUCGUCCAAGUCUUGUUCUUCGAGCAGCUCCGAUUAAGAACCUCGAUUUCCGGUUGGUUCUUUGUUUCGGACAACCUCGACAGCUCCCAGAAUCCCAACUCGGUUCUUUCGCUCACCAAAAACCAACACCACCACCACCAAAGGGAAGCCUCCCUCGAAACGGGGCCCGGUGUGGACGACAUGAGGGAGCGCGUUUUCGAGCUCGAAAAGGAGUGUCAGAGUAUGAGAGAAGAGUUUCAGAAAAUUGUUAAGGCUAAAAGGAGUUGGAAUAUUUUCUGCAGGAGGAAAUCACAUGUCUCUAAUCCUAAGUCACCCAAGAAUUCCAAUGUUAAGAAUCACUAGUUCAAUUUACUCUGUUUUUUUUUUUUUUUAUUAGAAUUCUUUUGGUCAUUAUAAUAAUAAAAUACAGGAUGUUA